AAGUUAUAACAAACGAUGUCGUUUGUAGCUUGGAUUACCUUAUAUACAUCCCUCUCUCCUCCUCCAGCCCAAUUAUGGUCCCUCUCCCUCGCAUUCUUUCCAUCCAGUGGUCCGGCUCCACCCACCGUCGAUAGCUUCCGCUUGUCUACACCACCAUUACCAAAAGGGGAUUUAAAGGUUGGGGAUAUGGUUUGGUGGAAAGGAGAUAUUUCAACUUGUUACUUCAUCAUGGAUUCAGCAGAAGCAGAGUAUGCUGCCUUUGAGGAGAAAGUGAGGCGAACUGUUUACAUCGACAACCUCUCACCUCAGGUCACCGAAGCUGUAUUGAAAACAGCACUCAAUCAAUUCGGGAACGUUGAUAAAGUCCAGUUCAUUCCAAAUUACACACAGCUGAAUAGCUUACCUCACGUUGCUUUGGUGGAGAUGGAAAACUCAAAGCAGGCAAAACAGAUUGUGUCGGAGAUGGGUAAUUUCCCAUUCAUGAUGUCAGGGAUGCCAAGGCCCGUGCGGGCCCGUGCUGCUGAGAUGGAGAUGUUUGAUGACCGCCCAAGAAAGCCUGGUAGAAGUAUAAACUUCCGUUGGUUGGACCCACAGCACCCUGAUUUUAAGGUAGCAAAGGAACUGAAGGAGGUCACGAGGCAACAUGAAGCAGAAGCUUUAUUCGCUCUCGAGCAACAAUUGGCAGACGAAGAGAAGCUUGCAGAACAACAAUCAGUGACCCUGAAGGCAUGUCAUAAGAAGUUUGAGCUGAUAGAGGGUGUCCUAAAUGAUGGAUCUGCUGAUCGCUUGGCACGCCGUUAUAACAUGAAAGCACUGAAUUCUUGAUAGGUGUCAUGAUCAAUUUUUUAUCGUUUGGUUAUUACUAGUUUUUAUCAUUAAUGUAGUUUCUCAUAGAUAACUUAUUCCCAGAUAACAUUAUUCAUAGAUAUUAAUAUAUGUACAUUUGGUAUUACUAGAUUCGUAGAUAUUGCAUAAGAACAGAUUGAAGUUUUUUGAAGGCAAAAGAACCAUUUCACUUGUCAAGGUUUAGGGCUUACUAAAUAUAAUGUUUCAGGCUAAAUUGAAUUGAA